AUGGAAUCGUCUUUGUCAACUCGGUUGCCCAUUAUUUGCUCCAGCUGUUCCCAGUGUCGUGGUUUCAACGAUGGAUUACAGAGGCUGAGAACGAUUGGCACAAUUUGCUUAAAACUCAAGACGCUUUCCCGCAGUUUCGUAUGCUCCUAUCUAUCUCAUUCUGUUCAGAUCUAUCUAUCUAUCUAUCUAUCUAUCUAUCUAUCUAUCUAUCUAUCUAUCUAUCUCAUUCGGUUCAUAUCUAUCUCUCUAUCUCAGUAUAUUCUUAUCUAUCUCAUUUUGUUCAUAUCUACCUAUCUCUCUAUUUCAGUAUGUUCCUAUGUAUCUCAUUCUGUUCCUAUCUAUCUAUCUAUCUAUCUAUCUAUCUAUCUGCCCAAAUAUACAAUGGCCGUCACAUCAGCGCCAGUUUGCGUAAUAAGCAAGUCCAGUUCUUCUUGGAAUGUCUCUAUCUUUCCUUCUUUCGUUGCCUCACUAGCAAUUAGUAUACAUAUAUUUUCUUUUUUCAUUGAAUAUUUUUCCUUUGAAAAUUUUUUAACAAUUCUCGCUCUCUCUCUCUCUCUCUCUUUCUCUAUCUAUCUAUCUAUCUAUCUAUCUAUCUAUCUAUCUAUCUCUAUAUAUAUGCACAAACUUACCAGACCCCAUCUGAAACAUAAUAGUCACAUUCUGUUCAUAUCUAUCUACCAUAUUCUGUUCAUAUCUAUCUAUCUCUAUAUCUAUCUAUGUAUCUAA